GCUGCUACCUACCAAAUCCAGCCCUUUCUCUACUCAAUUGUCUUUCUCACCGAAACUGGUCAAAUCUCACAACUUUCUUCCCCCUUCCAUUCUCUUCCCAUAAAUCCUCCCCUCUGCUUCCUAACAGCAACUGAACAUAAACCCAACCUUUCCUCUCCAUUUCUGAAUGUGGGUUUUGAUUUUGAGUCCUUGAAUCCAUCCAGGCUCAAGAAAAGGAAGAAUUUUGUAUUUUGUAUCUUGUAUCUCGUAUCUUGUUUGAAGAAACUUGAUGGGUCGUUCACCUUGUUGCGAGAAGGCGCAUACCAACAAAGGCGCCUGGACCAAGGAGGAAGACCAGCGCCUCAUCGAUUACAUCCGUGUUCAUGGUGAAGGAUGCUGGCGUUCCCUACCUAAAGCUGCCGGAUUGCUUCGGUGUGGGAAGAGUUGCAGAUUGAGGUGGAUAAAUUACUUGCGUCCUGGUCUUAAGAGGGGAAAUUUCACCGAAGAAGAAGAUGAAUUGAUCAUCAAGUUGCACAGUCUGCUCGGAAACAAAUGGUCUUUGAUUGCUGGAAGAUUACCGGGGAGAACUGAUAAUGAAAUCAAGAACUACUGGAACACCCACAUCAAGCGGAAGUUGAUUAACCGUGGAUAUGACCCACAAACGCACCGUCCGUUGAAUGAAGUUACGAACAAAACCGCCGCCUCCGUUGCCGCUGCUGAAUUUGACUUCAGGAAUGCAGCAGAAGCUUCAAAUCCCAAUUUUAUUCCAACCCCACCUACGGAUAUCAAGUACAAUCAGUUUGAAGUUAAGGCAAAGACGGAAUCCAUGGAGGAAGGGAAUAAUUGUUCGAGCAGUGGCAUGACCACGGAGGAAGAACAGCAGCAGCCAAAGAAGGAAGAGGUGAACUUGGAACUCUGUAUUGGGUCCGGCUCAGCUCGGAGCGAGUCCACUCUGGUAACCAGUGCUAAUUCGGCCGAGUCGAAAUUGGAGCAAUAUGGGUUCAAAUUAUUUGGAUUUGGGGUGUGUUGUGUUAGCAAUUAGGAAGUGAGGUUUGUAGGAUUGUCAAAAACACAGAUGUGUUCCAUAGAUUUAACACACUUUGGACCCACAGCUAGUUAAUUUUUUUCUGAGUGAUUUAAUUGGUAUAAAUGUUUUUUUAAUGU